AUGGCCGCCAUUUGGGGUAAUGGUGGGCAAGCAGGCCAACUUCCCCUCGAGCAAUGGUUCUAUGAAAUGCCUCCCGUGACUCGAUGGUGGACUGCUGCUACUGUGGCUACGUCAGUCUUGGUUCAGUGCCAUGUUUUGACGCCGUUCCAGCUGUUCUACAGCUUUCGUGCUGUCUAUGUCAAGUCACAGUACUGGCGACUUGUGACAACUUUUCUAUACUUCGGACCACUCAAUCUAGAUUUGUUGUUCCAUGUCUUUUUCCUGCAGCGCUACUCGCGCCUCCUCGAGGAAUCGUCCGGUCGAUCCCCAGCCCACUUUUCAUGGCUGCUAUUCUACGCGAUGACCUCUCUUUUGAUCAUUUCGCCGUUUCUGUCGCUGCCAUUUUUAGGUACUGCGCUGUCGUCCAGUCUGGUUUACAUUUGGAGUCGUCGCAACCCUGAAACGCGCCUCAGCUUCCUUGGCAUGCUGGUUUUCACCGCCCCUUAUCUCCCCUGGGUGUUGAUGGCAUUUAGCCUUGUUGUCCAUGGGAUUGUGCCCAAGGAUGAGAUUUGCGGUGUUGUUGUCGGUCAUGUGUGGUACUUCUUCAAUGACGUCUAUCCGUCUCUCCAUGGUGGCCAUCGCCCCUUGGACCCGCCGCUGUGGUGGAGGCGUUUAUUUGACUCUAGGGCCGGUGCCGGUGAUGGACGAGGUACGGAUACAACAAACAUCAAUGGCGACUUUGCUGCGGCGGUGGCGCCUGAAGUUCGAUGA